ACUGUAAGACAAAUACUCAGGUUAUAGCACUAUAAAAAGCCAUUUAUACAAGUUGAUAACUACUCUGUGAAUGCAUCUUUCAUUAUCAGCUCUUAUCUCAGAGUGUUGCUCGUUGUCUUCAUUGUGCUUUGCACAAACACAGAUAAGUGACAAUGUAAUCUUUGCCCUCACAAAAGCAGUUAAUCAUUCAGUCUCUGAAUGUCAAGGAGUUAAAAGCCUGUUUCAGAGAAAGUCAGAGAGAGCUCCUUCAUCAGUGGUGAGGAAAUAUGGCUGAUUCAAAUGGCAACGUGGGCUUUGGGAAUGAAAGCAGACUUCUAGUGAGGAUCAGGAAAUACAAUCCCAAGGAAAUUUUCACAUGGCAGCUGGCCAAGAUGCUGAUGAUGGGUCAGGGUCUGGCUGGACUCAUUUGUGGAACAGCUAUCUCCUCCCAGUAUCUAGCCACAUACUUCCAUGUGAACACACCCAUGCUGCAGAGCUUCCUGAACUAUGCUCUGCUGUGCACAACCUACAGCACUGUGCUGCUCUGCAGAACAGGGGAUGGCAAUAUUUUACAGAUUCUGAAGAGAAGAUGGUGGAAGUACCUUCUGCUGGGGCUGGUGGAUGUGGAGGCCAACUAUGCUGUGGUCAAAGCAUACCAGUACUCCACCCUUACCAGCGUGCAGCUGCUUGACUGCUUUGUGAUCCCAGUCCUAAUGGUGCUGUCCUGGUGGAUUUUGAAGACACGUUACAGAAUAGUCCAUUAUGUCGCAGUCUGCAUCUGCCUUCUUGGUGUGGGGGCCAUGGUGGGGGCUGACCUGCUGGCUGGAAGAGAUCAGGGUUCCACCUCAAAUAUCUUAUUAGGUGAUGGUUUAGUGCUGCUCAGUGCUACGUUGUAUGCCGUGUCUAACGUGUCUCAGGAAUACACAGUGAAGAACCUGAGCAGGGAGGAGUUUCUUGGUAUGAUCGGCCUGUUCGGAACAAUCAUCAGCACCAUACAGAUGGUGAUCCUGGAACCGAAUGAUAUUUCUGCCAUCAAGUGGAGCUGGCAAGUAGGACUCCUGUUUUCUGCAUAUGCAUUAUGCAUGUACCUUUUGUACAGCUUUAUGCCCAUCGUAAUUAAACUGAGCAGCGCCACUUCUGUCAACCUCUCCCUGCUCACCGCUGACCUCUUCAGCCUCUUCUGCGGAAUCUUCCUCUUCCAGUACAAUUUUUCUGGACUCUACCUGGUCUCCCUCGUGGUCAUUCUCAUUGGCUUCAUCACCUUUAAUGCUGUACCGACACCUACCACCCCCACAGACUCCAGCAUAUCCUCUUCCACCACUUCUAGGUGUGAGGACGGUUACUAUGACAAUCCUGUUGCAGCUGAGAAUGAUAUAACCAGGAAGGAAGUGGCUGUUAGGAUCCCCACUGAGGAAGAGGUAGAGGAUGAAGAGGAGCUGUCAGGGACUGGAGAUAAGGAAGACAAGUGGGAGGAGACGAGGAAGCAAAAUAAGAGUGCUUCAGGUGCAUCACAGAACUUUGGAGAACAGAGAAAUGAUGAAGAUCUGGUUGUUGGACGUAGCACUAAACUAUGAAAAACAGCAUAACAGCCUGUCAGGAUACAAUAUGCAACCUUAAAUAUAUGAAUAUAUAUUGAUAAAAUGUUGUUGAAAAAGAUUUAUUUAUUGAUUUGUUCAUGUAAAACAACCUACAUAACAUGAAAAGGCAAAAUACACAAAGUUAGAGCAAAGGCAAAUAAAACUGUUGUAUUUUUUUUGUAUGAGUCAAAAAUCUUUUGAAAGUUGAGUAUGUGUUAAUUUUUUUCUUCUUUUUUACUUAUUCCAUAUUCCUAAAGGGCCCAUAUUAGGCUAAAUUCACUUUCUAAAGGUUUCUAACAGUCAUAUGUGUCCUCAUAGCC